AUGGCGCAAGGCUACGCCAGAUUAGAUAGCCGUGGGAGUAGGAGUUUCGGAACCGGAUCGUGGGCUUGGGCCGGCUCUGAUGUUGGUGGAGAUGCCGAUGCCGUGCUUUUCACUAAGAGAUUGGUACCACAGCUUUUAUCGACCGCUCCAGAUUCCGUCAGAGUGGUGGGUCAUUGCGGUAGAAGUAUUGAUACUACAUAUCAUCAUCAAAAUAUCCUAUUCAACGAUAGGCGAAGCAUAUUUACCGUAUACUUCCCCAGGAAAACCCCAAACCGUGCACCACUCACUACACCUGUUCCCGCAAUGUGUUCCGGAAUAGUUUUUCGCUUCCAAGGGUGUGACCACGCGGAAGAACACAAGAUGCAAUGCAUGUAUAUUAAAGAGGAUUUCGGACCUGAAGCAUACUGUAGUAUUAUUCGCUGGCUCAGUAUCAUGCACGAAGACGAACAUCGCCGCUUCCUCCCAGGACGGUGCGUUGAGUGUCAGAACGCCAUAAAAGAGGCCUAUGAUAGGAAGACUGCUGAGGGUAAGGAGGCUAGAGAAAGAAAGACUGGAGAGGAGAAGAGUGGAGAAGAAAAGAGUGGAGAGGAAAAGAGUGGAGAGGAAAAGAUUGAAGAGGAAAAGACUGAAGAGGAAAAGACUGGAGAAGGAGAGACUGAGGGGAUAAAUUUUGAGGAUAAGAAAGAUGUCGAGAAGAGAGAAAGAAGGAAGAAAUGUGUCGAGGAGAGAGAAAGAAUGAUGAAGGAAGUGCAAGACGAGAUUGGAUUCCACUUCUGA